AUGUCUGCGGUACGCCCGACAGGUCUCAUUGCCAAAAAGGGCAUAGAACUUCUCACAUUCUCGACUCCUAAUGGAUACAAGGCAAGCAUCCUCUUAGAGGAGUUGAAAGAAGCAUAUGGACUUCCUUAUGUUUCUCAGUCCAUAAAUAUUACCCAAAAUAUCCAAAAAGAGCCAUGGUUCACAGCUCUGAAUCCGAACGGCCGCAUCCCCGUUAUAGUCGACCAUGACAAUGAUCAGCUUGCUGUCUUUGAGGGAAAUGCUAUCUUGAGCUACCUCACACGCAAGUAUGACCCGGACCACAAGUUCUCGUUUCUUCCUUCAGACAAUGACUACACCCGGGCAGAGUCCUGGAUUGGUUGGCAGCACGGUGGCCUGGGCCCUAUGCAAGGACAAGCCAAUCACUUCGUUAGGUUUGUUAAGGAAAGAAUCCCAUACCCAACGCAACGCUAUGUCGGUGAGACUGAGCGGCUCUUUGGCGUCUUAAACACACAUCUUGCUGAGAGGGAUUUUGUUGUGGGUCCCAGUCGCGGACGCUACAGCAUCGCUGAUAUUUCGAUGAUCGGCUGGGUCCAAAGUGCUCCAAUGGCUGGCGUCGACAUUUCUCAGUUCCCUUCCGUAAAGGAUUGGCUGGACCGGUGCUUGAAACGACCUGCCGUUCAACGUGGAAUAGCAAUCCCUUCUCCCCCCAGCAUGUCUGUUGCGGCCUUGGAAAGUCGUCUGAAGGCGGGCGAACCCAGGCUCCUUGAGAAAGAGUCUGAGGUCAAGCAACAAAUCGAGUCAGCCAAGCAAGCCUAUGGUUACAAGUACUCAUCUCCCUAG